AUGGACCACGAGCACCACCACCAGGACUCGUAUGAGGACCACAAUGCGUCUUGGGCACACGCAACUCACUAUGACCCUCAGCAUCAGUCGCCGGUGCAAGAUUUCAACCAUUUCAGCUAUGGCCCGAUUCCCAUGGAGCCCAUAUACACGAAUGCGAUGCAGCCUCCGCCGCAGCAUAGGACCGCACAUUCGCAACUUCAUCCACUGAUCAUGCCCCAAGUCUCUCAAUGGCCGAGCAUGUUGACGAGUCAGUCGACCUACGUACCGCCCAUUUUCCCUUCGGCGCCAGUUCCCAUCACUCCGGUUUCCGCUACGCCCGUGUCGGCGACCUCGACGCACUCUGGCCGCACGUCAAGCACUCCGCGCAAAACCCUCACGGAUGCGGACCGCAGGAGGAUGUGCCAAUAUCACGAGGACCAUCCUACUGUCAAGCAAACCGAGAUUGGAGGUGAGCCAAGCUUCGUCACUAGCAGUAUUACCGUGUCGAAAGUGCUGCGCCAGAAGGAGAAAUACCUCUACCAGGACGAUGGCAGCCGAUCACCCAUAAAAAGGUCGAAAGGCAAAUUCCCAGAUAUCGAGCGAGCACUCGCCAAUUGGGCACGAAACCAUCAGCGACAAGGCCUCCCUCUUACGGAUACCAUCAUCCGAGACAAGGCAAAAUUCUUUGCAACAACAGUGGGCAACAACGACAGCCAUCUGAAGGCGACCAGCACCAGCUGGCUUGAGAAGUUCAAGCAGAAGAACAAUCUACUAGGCUCCAAGUCCAGAAAAGGUUCUAUUGCAGAGGAGUCGGAGGGCACCUCGAAUCCGCCUUCGAAUGUGCACACUCCUGGCGGCAUUUCGCCUGCCUCACCGAGCGGGGCAUCACCCUCACCGCUAACGGUCUCGGCAAAACCCAGCAAGGAAGAACUCAAGACAGAGAGUCCGGAUAUACAAGGGUUUCCCGCUCGCCGCCCAUUCCACUCGCAAAGUAAUACAUCAUUGUCAAGCGUAUUCACUGAUACCGCGCCCUCGUCGUUCUCAGCCGGCCCAACCAGCCCUACGUCGUUGUCGUCGCCAUUCUUCACACCAGAUUCAGCAUGCGGAACGAACCCCUUCACCCUGAAUCAACAAGCCAGAGGCCAACCAGGCAGUAGCAACUUCCAACGACCGCGCAGCCAAACGUUUCCCAUGUUAGUUGGUGUGGAGCAGUACAUGUCACCCCCGCCAUCAUCAGAGGCGCUGACUCCCAAAUUUCUGAAUACGACUGCGCUAGAUUCCCCUAUGGACGAGUUCCACCCAUCUCUGGCCGCGAUAGACGAUGCCAUGCAAGCUUCGCCGACAACGAUUACGAACUCCAUGCAACCGCCCCCGUUGCCCAACGGUUUACCGACAAUGACAUCAGUCAGUACCAUGCACCAGUCAAGUGUAUUACAAAGCGUGUCAGAAGAUACAUCCCCCGGUUCGCCUUCCCAAGAGGAGGCUGCACGCGCCCUAGAGCUUGUUUGGACUUUCUUUCAGCAACAGCAUGAAGAUUUCGUUGUGGAACCCCAGGAGUACGUCACCAUCGGCAAGCUUAUGGAAAAGCUCAAGCUCAAACGCAGCUCGGAAAGCCUACCUUCCGGAAUGCGCCGAACGUCGGAACCCAAUUAUGGCACAGUGGACAAGGUUGAGAGUAUCGACUCGUUACACUAG